CAGGAAUCCGCCCCGCCCAGGGGGGCGCUCGCGCCGUCGGCCGCGCGGCGGCCGCACGCCCGCGCUGUGGCCAUGAGCGCCGCCGGCCGCGCCCUGCGCGGUCAGGUGCUGGGCGACGGGCAGGCGGCCGCACUCGCGCCCAGCACCGGCGCCGCGGUGCCCUUCCGCAACGAGCAUUGUGAGGGAGCCGUGUACCUGGCGCACAGGCCGCCGAGCGGCGCGAGGCCCGCCGACGAGGCCCGCCUCCGCCUGCACGGCGUCAGCUUCGAGCUGCAGAUCCAGGCCCGCCUUCGGACGCCCCCGCGCGGCACCGUCUUCGUCUCGGGCGAGCUGCGGGGCGGGCCCAUGAAGCUGAACCUGGUCACGCGGUCGCUGUGCCGAGUGUUGCUCAGCUUCAUCUCCAAGCAGG